GCCGCGCUCCAUCCCGCCGCAGUCGGCGGCGGGGGAUGGGUAGGCGGCGGCGUUCCCGCCCGCUGAAGGUUGACCCCUGCGGGUCCGGGCCCUGAGCCCUCUGCCCGAAAUCCCUGCGCCCGCCACGGCCCAGGUUAAAUGGAAACCACCCUUGAGAGCUGGAUGCCUGUGUAGCCUUUCUAUCAUAUCAUUGAAUUGCAAUGAGUGGAGGAGGAGAGCAGCCAGAUAUCCUCAGUGUUGGAAUCCUGGUCAAAGAAAGAUGGAAAGUGUUGAGGAAGAUUGGGGGUGGGGGCUUUGGAGAAAUUUACGAUGCCUUGGACAUGCUUACCAGGGAAAACGUUGCACUGAAGGUAGAAUCAGCCCAACAACCAAAACAAGUUCUGAAAAUGGAGGUUGCUGUAUUGAAAAAACUACAAGGGAAAGACCAUGUUUGUAGAUUUAUUGGCUGUGGGAGGAACGACCGCUUCAAUUAUGUGGCCAUGCAAUUGCAGGGUCGGAAUCUGGCAGAUCUACGCCGUAGCCAGUCCCGGGGCACCUUCACUAUUAGCACCACUCUUCGGCUGGGUAAACAGAUUCUGGAGUCUAUUGAGAGCAUCCAUUCUGUGGGAUUCUUGCACCGAGACAUCAAACCGUCGAACUUCGCCAUGGGUCGCUUUCCUAGUACAUGUAGGAAGUGUUUCAUGCUUGAUUUUGGCUUGGCUCGACAGUUUACUAAUUCCUGUGGUGACGUCAGACCACCUCGAGCUGUGGCAGGCUUUCGAGGGACAGUUCGUUAUGCAUCGAUCAAUGCUCAUCGGAACAGAGAAAUGGGAAGACAUGAUGACCUUUGGUCCUUAUUCUACAUGUUGGUGGAGUUUGUGGUUGGGCAGCUGCCAUGGAGAAAAAUAAAAGACAAGGAGCAAGUAGGCUCUAUUAAGGAGAGGUAUGACCACAAGCUUAUGUUGAAACAUCUCCCUCCAGAAUUCAGCAUCUUUCUGGACCACAUCUCCUCUUUGGAUUAUUUUACAAAACCAGACUAUCAGCUUCUUACAUCGGUGUUUGACAACAGCAUCAAAACCUUUGGAGUAUUUGAGAGUGACCCUUUUGACUGGGAGAAGACUGGAACUGAUGGCUCCCUAACAACCACCACUACUUCUACCACCCCUCAGUUGCAUACCCGCUUGACCCCUGCGGCAAUCGGAAUUGCUAAUGCCACUCCCAUCCCAGGGGACUUGCUUAGAGAAAAUACGGAUGAGGUGUUUCCAGAUGAACAUCUCAGUGAUGGGGAGAAUGGCAUCCCUGUUGGUAUGUCACCGGAUAAAUUGCCUGGAUCUCUGGGACACACUCAUCCCCAGGAGAAGGAUGUCUGGGAAGAGAUGGAUGCCAACAGGAACAAGAUAAAGUUUGGAAUUUGUAAGGCUGCUACUGAAGAGGAGAAUAGCCAUGGUCAAGCAAAUGGUGUUCUGAAUGCUCCAAGCCUUGGUUCACCAAUUCGUGUCCGCUCAGAAAUUACUCAGCCAGACAGAGAUGUUCCAUUGGUGCGAAAGUUACGUUCCAUCCACAGCUUUGAGCUGGAAAAACGUCUAACACUAGAGCCAAAGCCAGAUACUGACAAGUUUCUUGAGACCUGCCUGGAGAAAAUGCAGAAAGAUUCCAUUGCAGGAAAGGAACCUGUUCUUCCUGCCCUGCCUCAUAAGCCUUGUGUUCCUGCUGGGACCCGUACUGACCACAUCUGGAACUAUGAUGAAGAAUAUCUUCCAGAUGCUUCUAAGCCUGCCUCUGCCCAUACUCCUGAGCAGGCGGAUGGUGGCGGCAGCAAUGGAUUUAUAGCUGUUAACUUGAGCUCUUGCAAGCAGGAGGUUGAUUCCAAAGAAUGGGUGAUUGUGGACAAGGAGCAGGACCUUCGGGAUUUUAGGACAAAUGAGGCUUUAGGCCAUAAAACAGCAGGGAGCCCUUCUGAUGAGGAGCCUGAGGUACUUCAAGUUCUAGAAGAAUCGCCUCAAGAUGGAAACCUCCGAUUGGGUCCUUGGGAAGAAAAUAUUCGUUUAAAGAAGGAAACCUCAGGUGUGAUCUUAGCACUUUCUGGGGAAUGCUAUGCCACUGCUGCUUCAGAGCAAUAUACAGAUAGGCUAGAACUCCAGGCUGGAGCUGGUGGUCAGUUUACUGCAGCAACACCCACAAGUCCAAUGGAGGCACAAGCGGAAGGACCCCUUACAGCGAUUACAAUUCCUCGACCUUCUGUGGCAUCUACACAGUCGACUUCAGGAAGCUUUCACUGUGGUCAGCUGCCAGAGAAGAAGGACCUUCAGCCCGUGGAGCCCACUGUGGAACUUUAUUCUCCAAGGGAGAACUUCUCUGGUUUAGCUGUGACAGAGGGAGAACCUCCUAGUGGAGGAAGUAGAACAGACUUGGGGCUGCAGAUGGAGCAUAUUGGUCCUGACAUGUUACUCAGUUCUAGAGAGUGUGAAAAAUCUCAAGGACCAGAAGACCUUCCUGACCAUAACAGACUGGCUGUGAGAGAGUUUGAGAGUCUCCCUAGGGAGACUGAAGAGAAAAGCCUGCUAGGGUCAGAUAAUGAAGAUGAGAAGUUAAGUAAAGGGCAGCAUUAUAUUGAGAUCUCCUCUCUCCCAGGAGACCUAGAAAGGGAUCACUCAGCGACUACUGAGCCUCUUGAAAUGACAAAGACACAGACUUUUAGUGUAAUGCCAAAUCAAGACAAAAAUCAUGAGAUAAUGAAGCUUCUGGCAGUUGGAACUUCAGAAAUUUCUCCAGGAGGCAUUGACCCACAUGCUGAAGGACAGAUAGGCCCGGUGGCAACAAUGCAAAAACAUAAGCUAUCUAACGAUGAUGACAUCAAGAGUGAAGACUUGCCUGGUCUUCAAGGAGACCUCUCUGCUUUUUUGCACCAAGAGGAUAAGAAAGAGAAAACUGACCCUAGAAAUAGAGAACUAUUUAAUAGUGUUUCAGAGAGUGAACAGUGUCCCUCAUCCCGGAAGGAUGUGGUUAGGUCAUCCUUCGUAACUAGACACAGCCGAAUCCCUGUUUUAGCACAAGAGAUAGACUCAGCUUUUGACUCAUCCUCUCCACUCUCUGCAAAAGAAAAGCUCCUCCAAAAGAAAGCUUAUCAGCCAGACCUACUCAAACUUCUGGUGGAAAAAAGGCAACUCAAGUCUUUUCUUGGGGACCUCUCAAGUGCCUCUGAUAAAUUGCUGGAGGAGAGACUAGCUACUGUUCCUGCUCCCUUUUCUGAGGAGGAAGUCUUCACUCCCUUUUCAAGACUGGCGAUAGACACCCCCCUGAGCAGGGCAGCUGAAGAUAGCUUUUUGUCACCUAUCAUCUCCCAGUCCAGAAAGAGCAAAAUUCCAAGGCCAGUGUCAUGGGUCAACACAGAUCAAGUCAAUAUCUCCACUUCAUCACAGUUCUUGCCUCGGCCACCGCCAGGAAAGCCACCCACGAGGCCCGGAGUAGAAGCCAGGCUCCGCAGAUACAGAGUCCUAGGGAGUAGCAAUUCUGACUCAGACCUUUUCUCCCGCCUGGCCCAAAUUCUUCAAAAUGGAUCUCAGAAACCCCGGAGCACUACUCAGUGCAAGAGUCCAGGAUCCCCUCACAACCCAAAAACACCACCCAAGAGUCCAGUCGUCCCUCGCAGGAGCCCCAGUGCCUCUCCUCGAAGUUCUUCUUUGCCUCACACGUCCAGUUCCUCACCAUCUAGGGCUGGUCGGCCCCACCAUGACCAGAGGAGUUCAUCCCCGCAUCUGGGGAGAAGCAAGUCACCUCCCAGCCACUCCGGGUCCUCCUCCUCCAGGAGGUCCUGCCAACAGGAGCAUUGCAAACCCAGCAAGAACGGCCUGAAGGGAUCUGGCAGCCUCCACCAGCGCUCGGCCAGCACUAAGGCCCCCGCAGGGAAGAGUAAGCCAGCCAGUAAGCUCAGCAGAUAGGAGCCAGGCCGCUCCGUGUGAGACUCCCCCAGACCUGAUGCAUGUGCAUCCCUUACUGUCUGUUUUAAAAGUCUGUGUUGAUUUUCUCUUGCAAAAGAAAGUAACAUGAUAAAUUAUUUAUAAAGAGACGUAAAUAUAUGAUAAGGAAUUACCUAAGGCAGGCAGCAAGCAGAUCAGGAAUCAAUGCCUUUGCAUAGGAAGGACAGUCUAGCAAAUCCAAGAGGGAGAAACUGAUUAAAUGAACUUCCUUUUCUUUCUUUCUUUUUUUUUUUUUUUUCUUUAUCUACUUCUAAAACAAAAGAGUCAAAGAUAGAAGAUGGAAUGGGAUUUUAAAGGGUUUGGCCUUUUUAUUCUUCACGACUAUCCUCAAACAUUAUAUAGCAAAAUUGAAACCUCCUGCUUUAAUAUUUUCAUUCAAAACUUCUCAACUUUGGAAUUCAGAACUGCUCCAAUAUUAAAAUAUGUAAGAAGUCUGUUAGUGGGGAGCCAAUGCUGAUACACAUAUACUUAGCUUGUGAAUCUAUCUGUAUGGAGCGUUCACACCUUUACUUUGCCUCAUUCCUGGUACCCUCCUUGGAUUUCAUAUUUUUUUAAAAUUAGCAUUUCUCAUCUGAUCCGAUCUCUCUUAUUUUACCAAUACAUUUUAAUAUGCUUAUCGCAGCCUAUGCUAAUGUUUUCCUUUGUAGCACUAUGGUCUACAUAUGGUCUGAUGACACUUAGGUAAUGGAAGGGAAAUUCUAAAUAGAACUAGAUUGCAGGCGUUAGUGCUUUAGGGAGAGACGGGCAGCGUGGGGUCAAUGCCUUUGAGGUAGAUGAAUUCUCCUUCCCCGUUAGUUUCUUCCUUGUGGAAGGAACACUGACCAGAGAAUACCUUGAUUCCUUAAUUCUUCCAGGUUCCAACUAUUUCUAAUGCCAACCUCCAAGAUGAUACCAAGGAAGUACAGUUCUGUGAAAUGUGACUUUAUACUUUUAGAGAUUUAAAAAGAAAAGUAGAAAGAAAUUAGGUAUGUUGUUGAGACUUAUUAUCCUUAAACUUUGUGUUUUAUACAUGAAGCCAGUGAGGAAUGAGUAUCUGGGGAAAUAAAUUUAGGUUCAGUGUUUGUCUUUUAAAGUUUUUUACCAGCUUCUCCUGUGCUUUAGUUUGAGUAUUUGGGUUUCUUGACCUGAUUUCUAUGUAAUCUCAAUUUACAGAGCUAUAAAGAGGAUCAUAUUUGUUCUAAUCGCACUCUUCUGCUAACAGGAAUCAGGCGAAAUUAAAUCAUAGUAGACUUUGAAAAUGG